AUGGACUAUACUAAAGCUACGACGGCCCGCAACAUGGCAACUUCAACCCACGCUAGGAUAACUCCUACUUGCACCGACGCCACCGAACACAACCUCAAAGGCAACAACCACCUGAACACUAUCGAUGAAUCCCUGCUAGCUGCUCCUUGGGCCUUCCAAUCUCCAGAUGUCAACAAGAAAGAAUCUAAAUUUGAAGCAGCAGGGGACCCUAACAAAAGCAAUAUCCAGGAGGAAUGCGGCCCAGACCAAAAUAAUGACAUCGAUGCUGAGGAGAAAGAUGAUAUCAGGGAAAUGUAUGAUAUAGCGAGAAAGACGAAGUAUGUGUACAACUACGACAACUACGACGUGAACUCGGACCCAUAUUGGGACGACCCCGAGGAAUCAGACAUGGCAUACGCCAGAGCAACUUUCGGGCCUUUCUUCGACGUGCAAUCAGGCAGAAACGCCUUGCAUCGCGCUCGCAAGGAGCGUCCGUUAUACAAGGCCGAGUGCCAGCGCGCCCGAGCUCGCGCUGCAGAAAAUAUAAGAAACGGACUUACCAGCGGCGGGCGUCCCAAGAAACCCCUUGCACUUCAGAUGUGCGAAGAUGCCGAAAUCCUAGUCGCUCGGCUACGCCAAGAGCGUAUUGCACGUUGGGGUGAACAACCCACAGAGACCUCUGACAGGCUCCGUUAUCUCCGUGCCCUCAAGCGCCGCCUCACUUCGACGAAGUCCCAGUCUACCACAAAGGCACUCAAAUCCACCGUCAAGGCCCCCAAACGCCGCUAUCAAGAAAUCAGCACCGACCAUUCUGAUGAGGCAAUUCAUAAUGCCUUGAAGAAGGGUAAAACAACCGGGGACGCCCACGAGGACUGCGCCCUCAAAAGCAAUGAUAAGCCUCGUGGAUACGGCGCGGCGUCUCGUGUUACGCCAGCACGUCGUGUCCACUGUGAGGAAAAGAAAGACAGAGACUGA